AUAACCUUAAGAUAAGGUCAUCCGACGUCGUAUAAAGUAAGAGAAUAUCCUGGGAAUGAAACAGAUAUUUUUAUUGUCAAUUCUGUUUACUUUUUUGAAGCGAUGUGACGCAACUCGCUGUUUUGAAUGUCAGAACAUUCCGUAUCCAGAGGCAUGUGCACAACUAGCUGUAUGCAGUUUGAAUGAGUAUUGUUUCACCGAACAAUAUGUUACGACAAGUGGAAGUAUUUCAUAUAAUACUGGCUGCAUGUAUUAUAAGCGUUGUAAUGUCAUUCGAGACCAAUUUAUUGGAAAGCUAUCGAGUAAUGUAACAAGACGGAGCAGUGUUGACAUUUCAACCUGUACUGAAUGUUGCCAUGGUGAUUUCUGUAACAAUCAAGGAUGCGGAACCAAAGCUGCUCCAGUUGAACAACGUGGACCAUAUUGUUUCCAAUGUGACGCCCUUCUGGAUCCAAAGGCUUGCACGAAUGUAGCUGUCUGCUUACAGAAUGAAAUAUGUUUGCUGCACUCUCCAAAAGAAUUCGCUGGACUACCUGAGACAAUCUAUAAAAGUGGUUGUGGGAAACAGUCGGCAUGUAAUACAGUGUCACAAGCUUCAAUGAAUGCUAAAUGUGUGCCCACAUGUUGCAAUACAGAUUUUUGUAAUGAGUACUGCAUGACGCCUACACAUGCUUCUAUGACGUCAUCGUAUCCAAUUACCACUGACGAUAAGAUACAGACAACAGAGGCAAAUACAACUUUGCAUCCCACAGAACUAUCGACAGUUACUUCACUUCAUUGGCAAAACGUUUCCACAACACACGUACGAAAGACAGAAACGUCAAGUAAGCGACCAUCACAUAUAUCUACAACACCUGGAAUAUCUCAGUCAUCAACGACACAUGGUCAUUCUUUCCACUGUCAUGCCAAAGAUGGUUUUGCACAUUUACAAAAUUCACAUGCGCAAUUAUGUGUACAUAUUGUACUUCAUCAUACACCAUUGUCUUGGGAUGACGCACGAGCAGAAUGUAAAAAACAUGGAGCGGAUCUUGUUGUCCUAGACACUCACGACAAAGCUCUUUUAAUGAGGAAAGAACUUGCCAGUCAUUCUAGAUACCAAAGUCACGACCUAUUUUGGAUAGGAGCAAAGGAUUUUUCGAACCAUGACCAUUUCUCCUGGGUAAAUGGUCACGAUUGGAAUAACACAGCAGCCGAUUGGAGUAGAAGUCAGCCAGACCAUUUGAAAAAUGGUCAUGACCAAGACUGUGUCUGCAUGUUUAAAGAUCCUAAACAAAUGUUUACAUGGCACGAUAAAAGUUGCAAUCAAGAAGGAAGUUAUAUAUGUGAACGAAAAUAAAUAUUACAAAAAUAUA